CUGUGCGCUUCACAGUCAGAACCAUUCAGAACAGAGGUGGGUGGGAUUAGCACUAGCCCAAAGAAAUGAUUGAAUAUAAUUUCCUAGUUUUUAUUUUAUAAAUCACGUGGGUUAAAUAAUCCCUUUUGGAUUUUUUUUACACUUUUGGGCAUAGUUAUUAUUUUCCCCUCAACUAUUUCGUUCUGUUUUGGCAACAAGCUAACAGGUUUUAGCUCCUCUCCAUCUGUGUGAACAUGAGUGAUCGUUGGCAGGAGUGCAUGGACUUCUGUGUGGAGGUCACCAAACGGGCUGGAAAGGUGAUCUGCGAGGCGCUCCAAAAGGACAUAACCGUCAUGCAGAAGAGCUCCCCGGUUGACCUGGUGACCGAGACGGACCAGAAGGUGGAAGGCCUCAUUAUUUCCUCCAUCAAGGAGAAGUACCCGACGCACAGCUUUAUAGGCGAAGAGUCUGUAGCGGCGGGCGCCCCCAGCGUUCUGACUGAUAAUCCCACUUGGAUCAUCGACCCCAUCGACGGGACUACCAACUUCGUCCACAGGUUCCCGUUUGUGUCCGUGUCGAUCGGCUUCACGGUGAAGAAGGAGAUAGAGUUUGGGAUUGUGUACAGCUGCGUGGAGGACAAAAUGUACACAGCGCGCAAAGGGAAGGGGGCGUUCUGCAACGGAGACCCCAUCAAAGUGUCUGGACAAGAAGAUAUCAGCAAAUCUCUGGUCCUGACAGAAAUGGGCUUCAAGGAAGAUCCAGAACACUUCAAACGGAUGUUGGCCAACAUCAGGACCAUCCUCACCAUUCCCGUUCACGGAAUUCGCUCUCCGGGCAGCGCGGCGGUAAACAUGUGCCUGGUGGCGUGCGGCUCGGCGGACGCCUACUAUCACAUGGGCAUCCAUUGCUGGGACAUGGCAGGAGGGGCGGCGGUGGUCAGCGAAGCUGGCGGCGUGAUCGUGGACAUUUCAGUUAUCCCUGCUGUACCUGCUGAAGCAGGUGUGUUGUACUAAGAAGAAGCUGCGGGGUCAGAGAUACCUGGAAACGGUGGCCCUGGAGGCCUGGAGCUGGACGCCACCGGUUACUUAUCUGACCGCAUGACAGAGGGAGAAGGUGUGGAACCUAACAUAUCUCUGUAACCAGGAGGACCAUUUGACCUGAUGUCUCGCAGGCUGAUCGUGGCCAGCAGCAGAGCCAUCGCUGAGCGCAUCGCCAAAGAAAUAACGCAGUUUGACGUCGGAAGAGACGAUGAAAAUGGACAAUAAAGUUCUCAGACUUUUUUUUUUGUCCUUGAAAGUGUUUGCCUUCAAAAUCAAGCAAUGCAAUCAUAGAUCCACAAAACUUGAUCUGUUUUGCAUUUUAGCACGACACCGUCUAAUUUUAGCAGGCAUUUACGAUAAAUCCCUUCUGUUUCAGGACCUAAAUGCAUUUAUUUGUUAGUACUUAUUUUAAGAUUGCUUCAGCCAGAAACUAAACAAUUGGCAAAUUAUUUAAAUUAUUUAAAGCUAUUUGGUUUUCAUUUUUGUUUUUAUAAAUGCAGCGGUGGAUAGAAACAACUUAUGUCUUUUAUCGAGACCAAAACUUAAUACGCAGAAAAGUUGAAAGUGUGCUUGUUUGUAUGAAUGUAUUUAAGGAGCAAUACUAAUAAAAAGCGUAUCUGUGCAUUUUG